GUCGUAGGUAGGUACAUACCUCAUGACAACACAGAUGGCAACUCCUUCGGUAGUCACCUAGUCACCCAGUCACCUAGGUAAGGUAGGUACGUAUAAAUGCAUGCGUGCAUCAAAUAUUUGCCCUUUUUGGUUGCUCAGCGCCUGUGCCUUGUCAGUGACUUUUGUAAUCCCCUCUCAACAACCCUUCAUUUCCUAUCACCCUUUUUUCUCUCAGUCAUCUCAGUCAUAUUCUAUUCUUCAUUUCUCGAUUCCUUUUUUCGGCACUCUUUUUUCUUCUCUUGUCUCCUACGAUCCUUUUCGCCUAAGUCACUCAUUCAGUCGUUCAUUAUUAAACAAGUCCAAAGACCCUAACUAUCCCGACCUUGGAUAGGUCAAGGCAAGGUCAUUGAUCCUAUUGACUACCUAGACAGAGGGAGUUCGUCAACAAACACCAGCAAGAUCUAUCGUUACUGGUAAGUCUUUGAUCCAAUCUCAUCUUUAUUGUACCCUUUUGUUCUGCACACAAACACGUU